AUGGCUUCGACGAGCCUUUCUCGAUUCUCGGCUAUCGUCCGGACAACUUCCAUUCGAGCCUUCCACGAUCGGAGCUCCGUGCCACGAAUUGUCGACGAUCGCGAGAAGUCAUCUGCAAAGUACAGUGACGCUGGUAAGCCCGUUCUCGAAUUCUCGAUAAGGAUUUAUCUAUGGAAAUUCCCGUUCAGGCUACUCUUUCCGCUAUCACCAGCAAGGAGUCGACCCGCUGCCUCGCAUCCCGGACUGUAAAGUGCCAGUUGCCCGUCCCGCUUACAAAGUUCGCGAUCAAUGGAGUGACGAAGCCGCCCGAUUCGGCCAAAACGACUACAUCGACCUACUUGGGGACGGUUCCGUGCAUCCGGCACAACUACAGUACCACACGCCCACAUGGCUCCGCGGAUUCCCCGGCCAGCACAGAGCCAACGAGCUCAUCAAACUCAUCCAUUACCGCAAUCUGUAUGAUGCGAAGCUGAAGCAGAACUCGCCGAAGAGAUGGCAUGAGUUGAGAAAGAGAAUCAAGUACUUGAUGAUGCAGCACAAUUACAACAAACAAGUAUUUGUCCCGAACAUACUUCUACUCGAUUCCUAAUUGUUUCUUUCCAGGACGAAAUCAACCGGGAGCGCAACUUGGGAUUGUGGGAGGAAGAGCCCGACUACACGUACAAGGACAAGUCGCGGCGGUCAUUCAGAGACGAGAUUCACUGA